AUGUCCGAAGUUCUGUUCAGCUAUGACGACCUGUUCACAGAAGACCCAGGUUGCACUGACCUUGUACGCCACAGGAUCGAGACUGGGGAUACGCGUCCUUUGAAGUGCAACCGCAGGCCGGUUAGCCUGUCCAAGAGACAGGCUAUCGAUGGUGUGCUUAACGAGAUGCUGGCGACCGGUGUCAUCAAGCGUUCCGAUAGCCCCUGGGCAUCUCCUGUCGUCCUGGUUCCAAAAAAGGAUGGUUUACAGCUGCAACGAUGCAGGGCACAAGCAAGGCAGAGUCCCAUGUAUGUAGGGCAAGGAGGUCAGCGAAAAAAGAAGUGUAAUGAAGAAGAAGAGCACAAGGACAAGGCCAGCCAGAUCGUCUGUUCCGUGCCUGCAGUGCAACCAGUGGGCCAGCCGGAUCGCCAGAAGCGCACGAGUCAUACGGUCACACGGCACAGCAUGUUUGUUAAGAAAGAAGCGCUGCCCAAUGUCUUCGCACUGACGUCCCUGCGGCGACGGAGUUCGUGCAGGGACAUUGGAUCCCCCUUGGAAGCUCAGCAGGCGGAGCCAAUCUGCAAAGGGGACGAAGACAGCGAAAGCUCCUCGCACGCGACAAGCGGCCUGGGAAGCCAGCUGGACUUGGCCGUCGAACCGAGGAGGGGCAAGUGGGCGAGCAAGGCGGACUUCAUUUUCAGCUGCAUCAGCUACGCCGUAGGUCUGGGCAAUGUCUGGCGCUUCCCAUACCUCUGCUACGAGAACGGAGGCGGCGCAUUCCUCGUGCCGUACUUCAUCUGCCUUCUCACGACGGCGGUUCCCAUGUUCUACUUGGAGGUGGCCGUGGGCCAGUACCUGAGCAAGGGCGGCAUCGGUGUUUGGGCCCUAGCACCGAUGUUCAAAGGCAUCGGCAUCGCAUCAUUUGUGGUCUUGGUGCUGAGCAACGUCUACUACAUGGUGAUCGUGGCGUGGAUUCUCUUCUAUUUGAUCUCUUCAUUCGCCACCGUGCUCCCCUGGAAGCACUGCGGCAACCAUUGGAACACCGACAAGUGCUGGGAGCACAAUGAUACCCACCCGACACCGCCGCACAACGGAUCCGUUACGCCCAUCGUAGAGUUCUGGGAAAACCAUGUGCUUGGGAUCACAUCCGGGCUGCACGAGGUUGGGAACGUGCGUCUGGAAUUAGCCAUGUAUUUGCUCCUCGCUUGGGCCGCGGUGUACCUCGUCAUUUGGAGGGGCCUUCAUCAAAGCGGCAAGAUUGUCUGGGUGUCGGCAUUGUUUCCCUACGUUUGCCUGUUUAUUCUACUCGUCAGAGGCGUCACACUGAGCGGAGCGACCGACGGUCUCUUGUUUUACGUAAAGCCAGAUUGGAGUCAACUGCUGAAACCGAAGGUAUGGAUUGCUGCCGGCACUCAGGUGUUCUACAGCUACGGAGUAGGUUUCGGCUCCCUGAUGACUUUAGGAAGCUACAAUGAGUUUCACCAAAAUUUCUUCAGAGAUUCAGCGGUUGUUUGUAUCGUCAACCCGAUGACGAGCAUUCUCUCCGGGACGGUUAUAUUCUCCGUGCUUGGCCACAUGGCUUUUCUAGCUGGCAAAACUGUAGGGGAAGUCGUGAAGUCUGGACCAGGCCUUGCCUUCCUGGUGUAUCCCGAAGUCGUCACUCGAAUGCCGGCCUCGACGAUCUGGUCUAUACUCUUCUUCGUCAUGCUGCUCUUCCUGGGAAUAAACAGCCAGUUUUGUCCAUCCGAAGCGAUUGUCGCCGGACUGAUCGAUCAAUGGCCGCGGCUCGUAACACGGCGGAGGCUCAUCACUUUCUGUUUGGUCGUGCUCCAGUUCCUACUUGGUCUUCCGAUGACCACGCAGGGCGGAAUGUACAUCUUCCAGUUAAUGGACAGCUACGCUGUCAGCGGCAUCACACUGCUGUUCAUAGUGUUCUUUCAAGCAGUAGCGCUUGCUUGGGUCUACGGGACAAGAAACAUAUCCGAUAACAUCAAGGAAAUGAUCGGUCGCCGACCAAUCCUGCUGCUCCGUUUGGGAUGGACGCUGUUCAUACCGGCUAUGUGUGUGGCCAUAUUCCUGUUCUCUGUGAUCAAGUACCAACCGCUGGUGUACGCUAAGACAUAUGCGUACCCGUGGUGGGCCGAUAUGCUGGGCUGGUUCAUGUCCCUGGCCUCCAUCAUUAUGAUUCCUGCAUACAUUGUCUACUUCCUCGCAACCACACCCGGCUCGCUACGACAGAGAAUCCGGGCUGGCUUAUCUCCCCAGCUGGUGGAACGUAACCUGUCGGAGAAAGAGAAGUUUUCAUUCAGUAACGCAGCCAUUCGAACGUGAUCGAUCGCGACCAAUUUCGUCCAAAUCAUCGAAAUCAUCACGCGCCUGUUUCGACGUCACCACUCACAGCGCUUCACCCGUUCAUCACCUCCGCAAACUACGUCAGCCACAUCCUUCUGUGCAUUCGCGGUUGUAUACGUGUGUGACAUUAAC